GAGAGAGCUAGUGGUUGCUAUAGCCAUGAGAGUCUGGCAGAGCUUGGAGCCACAGAGAGAUAGUGAGAGGACUGCACUGGGAAAUAUCUGCCCAGGGAAUACAAUAAGUUUUCAGCUCAUUAAGUUGGAUAAACAAAUGGCUUACUGUAGGAGAUACUGGGAGUCAUACUGGAUAUCAUCAGCAAGACAUUAGAAAGAAGAUGAAUAAACGCAGAGGGGAAGUGGAGGAGUGUUAAUGGAACACCAUGAAAUUCACUUGAAGAUAAAGGAGAUGGAUGUCGAGUAACAGUCUUGUGGCAGAAACAGUAAGAAAAAUGGGCAAUGCCAUGAGAAGUAUUCUCGCCUUCAUUCCUUCUGAACGCUGCCAGCGCUUCUUAGUUGGGGACCUGAAGGAGAUGCCACUAGAUCGGACCCUGGACCUGAGUAGCCGACAGCUGCGAAAGCUGCCUGUUGCUGCCUGUCUCUUCAAUGAGUUGGUGAAGCUUUACCUGAGUGACAACAACCUCAGCAGCUUACCGGCUGAAGUGCAGAGCCUGAGAAAGCUGCAACUUCUGGCCCUCGAUUUUAACUGCUUUGAGGAGCUCCCACUAGCCAUAUGCAGGUUGCCCCAGCUUAGUAUUCUUUACUUGGGUAAUAACAGGCUUUAUCACCUCCCCGUAGAGCUGAGAGAGCUUAGGGAACUUAGCACUCUGUGGCUGGAGACUAAUUGCUUCACUGUUUUCCCUAAGGUUGUUUGUGAGCUGUCAAAUCUAAAGACCCUGCACCUCGGAUAUAACCAGAUACGGAGUUUACCCAAAGAAUUUGGACGGCUGCACGAGCUGCGAAGUAUUUGGCUUGCUGGGAACCAACUGCCAGAUUUCCCACCAGUGUUGCUUGAAAUGCACUCUCUGGCUGUUGUUGAUGUAGAUCGGAACAGAAUACGUCAUUUUCCUAGCCUUUCUCACAUGCAGGGGUUAAAACUUGUGAUCUAUGACCACAACCCCUGUGUUAAUGCCCCAGCAGUGGCUGAGGGAGUCAGAAGGGUUGGGCGAUGGGCUGAUAGCUCAGAUGACGAGCAGGAAGAUGAUGCUUCAAAAGCAGCAAGUGAGACUACAGCUGAGGUUGUCGAAGUCCAUCCUGAAGAGCAACAGAACAUUCAAGGUUAAGGACCAAAGUGACCUUCAGCUGUGGGGAGCCGGGAUUGACUGGCCAGGCUCGAGUGGCGUCCUGGAGCACUUAAAGCAGAGUGGCAUGACAAAUACCGUCAGGGUGAUGGUAUUUGGUCCAUAUAUGGUAAAGCCAAUCAUUUAAAAGGGAAAGUUCACCUCUUAAAUCAAAUCCACACACACACACACCCUCAACUGGCCUGCUGUGCUACUUGUCUAUCAGAUUGUUUGGUGAGAGUUGGCCAGUUUUAGAUAUACUAGUUAUGUUUGCAUUUACAUAUCUUAGGAUUAUGACUUUAUUUUGGAUUGAACUGUCCUUAUAAAGGCCAUAAAGUAAUGAAAUCCAAAAUGCAUAGUCGGUAAAAUGGGAUAGUUGAAUCACGACAUAAAAGCAACAUUUAAAAAACAAAAUAAAAAGACUGCAUGCCUUGAAAUUAUUCAUUUCAACACCGUAAACUUUUUAAUUGAUCUUUUCCCUCUGGAAUGUUGCAUGUAUUAUAUUGUUUGUGUAUUGCCAAGUUCACAUAGUAUGUUUGCAAGGCAAUGUGUCAAAACAGGCAUUAACAUUAUUCUAGUAAAUCAGCCAUGCAGCUGUUGCUGUCCAGUGAUCUGAGAAUUAGUUUCUACUUUUAUACUUUUAUAGUCAGUAUAAUUCACAGUUUGUGACUUCUGAUUUUACAGUGCAAAGCAUUAGAAAACAUUUUGUUCCAGCAGUGCAAGAUAGUAUCUGCACCUGCUGAGGAUUUUAAUACCAGAGAUGGAUGGUUUAAGUCAAUUAGUGCACUCUGUAUCCAGACCAAUGCAUAAUUCAUCGACUAGAUUGGAGCUGUGGCUUUGAAUAAAGACUGCUAAUGGGCCAUAAUGUCGUUGCUGUAAGGUUCUGGUUUGAAACAGAUCAUACAUGCAAUUUUGCAAUUCCCCUGUGUACCAGGAAAAUGUUCUGUAAACAAGCUUAAAAGUAAUUCCACGAUAUAUGAUCUGGGCAUUUGGAAACUUUCUAAACAAAAUGCAUUAAAAAAAAAAAGAUUGAAAGGGCUUGAAAUUGUUUUUUCUUCUGGAAAUGUGAUUAUUUACGACUGGUUUCUGUG